GCUGGGGCUGACCAAUAGAUGUUUUCGAGUUUCUGCCCCACCCCCGCGCAUGCCCAAUGGAAUGGCGACGUCUGGAUGUGGGUUCGGAACCUUUACGCCUCGGAACCUUCGGCGUUGAGCUCCCGGUUGUGCAAGGAGUAUCUUUGACGUGCGGCUUCCGGCCUGCUCUCUUCCUUCUCAUGUGGCGCCGUUGUGGGCAGUGAUGGCUCCUCGCGGCUGGCGUCGGCAGACCCUGGAGCGGUGUCUGAAGGAGGUCGGGAAAGCUACCAGCCGGCCCGAGUGCUUCCUCACAAUUCAAGAUGGACUAGCAUCAAACUUCACUUCUUUAACGAAAGUUCUUUAUGACUUUAGUAAAACAUUAGAGAAUGGUCGAGUCUCUGGAAGUCCUUUACAAAAGCUUGUUAUAAACAAUUUUGAUGAUGAGCAGAUUUGGCAACAACUGGAAUUGCAAAAUGAACCAAUUUUACAAUACUUCCAGAAUGUAGUUACUAAAACAAUGGAAGAUGAAGAUAUUAGCCUUUUCCCAGAGACUGAAGAACGACAGUGUGAAGACGAUGUCUCGGAGAUGGAGGAUGACAGCCAGGAGGACCUCACGAAAGAUUUGGAGGAGGAGGAGGAACUGUCAGUCCUGGGUGGUGAUGGCCCUAAAGAGAGGGAAAGAGCUGAAUACUCAAGCAGGUCUGAGCGAAGGAGGAGUCCCAUUUUCAGUGAUGAGGAUUCGGACCUUGACUUUGAUAUUAGCAAAUUGGAACAGCAAACCAAGGCUCAAAGAAAACUACCUGGAAAACCAAGAGAAAAGUCUGUAGUAGAUGAUAAGUUCUUCAAGCUCUCUGAAAUGGAGAACUUUUUAGAAAAAAUGGAAAAAGAAGAGGAAAAAAGAUAUGAUGAUGAAGAGGAGGAGAUUGACUAUUUUGAAGACAUUGAUUCUGAUGAAGAUGAGGGAGGACUGUUUGAACGUCCAGAGCUUAAGUCAAGUAAGAGUUCCAGAAAUCUAAAAUACAAAGAUUUCUUUGAUCCAGUUGAAAGUGAUGAUGGCAUUGCAAGUGUUGAUGAUGAACUAGGUUCAAACAGAGAGGAAGAAGUUGCUGAGGAAGCAGAAGAAAGCAUUUCUGAAAUGGAUGAAGAUAGUGACCUUGAAGAAAGUGAGGACAGUAAACAACACAAAGAAGGCUUGAAAAGAGUGACCUUUGCUUUGCCAGAUGCUGAGGAAACUGAAGGUGCAGAUAUCUUAAAUGUAAAGGAAGACUCUGGUGAAGUUAAAUCCUCUUUUGAAAAAAGACAGGAGAAGAUGAAUGAAAAAAUAGCAUCUUUGGAAAAACUGUUGUUGGAAAAAAAACCUUGGCAGCUUCAAGGGGAAGUGACAGCGCAGAAGCGGCCAGAGAACAGCCUGCUGGAAGAGACCCUCCACUUUGACCAUGCUGUGCGGAUGGCCCCCGUGAUCACAGAAGAAACCACCCUCCAUCUAGAAGAUAUCAUCAAACAGAGGAUACAAGAUCAGGCUUGGGAUGAUGUUGUAAGAAAAGAAAAACCUAAAGAGGAAGCGUAUGAAUAUAAAAAGCGUCUAACUUUAGACCACGAGAAGAGUAAGUUGAGCCUUGCUGAAAUAUAUGAGCAAGAAUAUAUCAAACUCAACCAGCAAAAAACUGAAGAAGAAGAAAAUCCAGAGCAUGUAGAGAUUCAGAAGAUGAUGGAUUCUCUCUUCCUAAAAUUGGAUGCCCUGUCAAACUUCCACUUCAUCCCUAAACCACCUGUUCCAGAAAUUAAAGUUGUAUCGAAUCUACCAGCCAUAACCAUGGAAGAAGUAGCCCCAGUGAAUGUCAGUGAUGCAGCCCUCCUGGCCCCAGAGGAAAUCAAGGAGAAAAAUAAAGCUGGAGAUCUAAAAACAUCUGCUGAGAAAACAGCUACAGACAAGAAACGAGAACGGAGGAAAAAGAAAUAUCUGAAGCGUUUGAAAAUAAAGGAGAAGGAGAAGCGGAGAAAAUUGCUUGAAAAGUACAACACAAAGCAAACUGGGAAAUUCGCCAGAGCAGUAGCUUCAGAGAAGUUGAAACAGUUGACUAAAACGGGCAAAGUGUCCUUAUUAAAGGAUGAACGGAAAGAUAAGGCCUUAAAGUCAUCUCAAGCAUUCUUUUCUAAAUUACAAGAUCAAGUAAAAAUGCAGAUUAAUGAUGCAAAACAACCAGAUAAGAAAAAGAAGAAAAAACAGGAUAUUUCUGUUCAUAAACUAAAGCUGUAAUAUAUUCUGAAUUUAAUGUAUAUAUGUAAGCUUUUGUCCUUAUUCCUUUGUAUAAUAAAAUUUUAAAGACAAUCUUC